CCACCCGUGUUGGAGGAGUAAAGCUGAUAGUCCAGCCCAGCAAAGCAGAACACUGUGACAUUAUUAAGCCCAUAAAGCCGCCUCUGUCAGCGGCCCUCCUCCACUCACUGCAGUGUUGUCCCGCAGCCCGUAAACACACUACCGUCUGCUGCGCUCUCAUCUCCUUCCGUCCUACGUAACCCGCUAAGCCCCGCCCCCGGCCUGUCUCUCACGCACCAGUUACGUCUGACCGUAAAAAAUAGAAACUUCCAAGAUGGCCGAGUCCGUGGACUCCAUGCAUUUCGCAGCAAACAGCAAAACAAAUUCCCCUAAACCCCUGAUAGCUAAGCGACCGCCGGAGAGUCGUCCGCAGUCUUCCAGCGACAUUUUCCCACCGCCCCCAAAGAAGGUCCGGGUGGAGGAGAAGGGCCUGAAGCACAGGAAACUGAACGGAGAGGUGUGCGCAGGGGAAAAACACAACGGGAAGCAGAGUUGUGGGAGCCCAGCGAAAUGGAGUUUCGGCCCGGCCAAGGCGAGCCACUCCACCGCCGUCGCGGUGCCCACCACCCCUGUCCGGAAAAUAUUCAAAAUCAGCAACUUCCUCGCGUCGCCCCACAAAGUAAAAAAGGCGAAAGAGAAGCGACACAAGGAGAAGGAGAAGAGCAGCGGAGCGCAGCAGAGCCCGAGCGCUGCUGUGGAGAGAGUGAGCCCAGCUAGCUGCCAUACAAAGCCCGAGAACGGCGACGUGAAAAUGCUACAGAGAGAUCACCAGGUGAAGGAGAAAGACCGGGAGAAGAAGAAGGACAAGAAUAAAGAGUGGAAAAAUCACAAACUGCCACCUGUCCACGAGAUUGCCAGAGAAAACGGAGAAGUGGUUUCUCCGCAGAAAGAGUGUAAGGAGAAGCCCAAGGCUGGUUCGGAGGAAGACCUCCUUCUGAAGAAGCUCAAGAAGAAGAAGAAAAAGAAGCACAAAGAUGGCGAGCGGAUGAAGGAGAGGCAAGGCAGACCCAAAAUGUACCACCGCUCGUGCCAGACUGUGUGUUCAGGGGUGUCCCUGGGUCUGCCGGAGUUGCUCAAUCGGAUUAACGUGAACAGCGACAGCAGCAGUCUCAACCACAGUGCCGCACAACACCACCAGGAUGCUGCUGUUUCUGCGGCUACCUCCACCUCCAUCUCCUCCAUGGUCAGGGAGAGGCUCAGCUACAACUCCCCGCUGCACUGCAGCCCGGCCCCAGGCAUGGCUGGCCUGGAGUUUGGACGUCUGAUUCACGUUGAGCAGCAGGCCAACGGAGGUGCGUAUGUGGUGCACGCCUACAACGAGGAGCUGGCCUGCCUUUCUCCAGCAGAGAUGCAGCGCUUCGCCGAUGAAUUUGUGACCCUGUCGUUCAGUGAGGACGAGGCCCAGGCAGCGUGUUUCGUGAUGGGAAUCAUCCACGGAGCGGCAUCCUACCUCCCAGACUUCCUGGACUACUUCUCCUACAAGUUCCCCAACGCACCAGUGAAAAUGGAGGUGCUCGGGAAGAAGGACAUAGAGACGACCACCAUGGCCAACUUCCAUUCUCAGGUGAAGCGGACAUAUUCCCAGGGAACGUACCGAGCUGGGGCCAUGCGGCAGGUCAGUCUGGUCGGAGCUGUGGAUGAAGAGGUUGGAGACUACUUUCCCGAGUUCAUCAGCAUGUUAGAGAAGUCUCCUUUCCUGGAGCGGACCCUGCCCUGGGGAACCUUCUCCAGUCUGCGGCUUCAAAGCCCCACAGAGAGUGACGACGGCCCCAUCAUGUGGGUCAGACCUGGAGAACAGAUGAUACCUAUGGCAGACAUGCCAAAAUCGCCUUUCAAAAGGAAAAGGUCCACCAAUGAGAUAAAGAACCUGCAGUACCUUCCUAGAACCAGUGAGCCUAGAGAGAUGCUGUUUGAGGACCGGACGAGAGCUCACGCUGACCACAUCGGUCAGGGCUUUGAGAGGCAAACUACCGCAGCUGUCGGUGUGCUGAAGGCUGUGCGCUGUGGAGAGGACAGCGACACUCCUGCGCGGAUCACCAAAGACGUUGUGUGUUUCCACGCAGGAGAUUUUCCAGAUGUGGUUAUGAGGCUACAGCUGGAUCUCCACGAACCCCCGCUCUCUCAGUGCGUGCAGUGGAUCGAUGAUGCCAAGCUAAACCAGCUCAGGAGGGAGGGGAUCCGAUACGCCCGUAUCCAACUCUACCACAAUGACAUCUACUUCAUCCCCAGAGGAGUUGUCCACCAGUUCAAGACGGUGUCUGCUGUCUGCAGUCUGGCCUGGCAUAUCCGACUUAAACAGUAUCACCAACAUGAAGAGAAGGAGGACGACGAGGAGGAGGUGAAGGAAGAGGAGACGUGUUCCCCAAGAGAAGUAACAUGUCAUAUUAAAAAAGAGGAGGAAGAGGAGGAGGUAGAAGCGACUGAGUGUGACCUUGCUGUAAAGGCAGUGACAAAGCUGGAGGAUGAGGAGGACACGGGGAAAUGGGAGGGGCCACCCUCAGACACUCCGACACAGAUUUUCAACGAGGAAGAGCGAGAGAACAGAGCUGACGUGAAGGAGUUGUCAGCAGCACUGUCACUACCUUUAGUCAAGAAAGAAAGAGAUGAAUCUGCACUCAGUCCCACACUAAUGGAACCUCAAGCUGAGGAAGAUGUAAAAGAGGAAGGCAAAGGAGCUGCAGACACAUGUCAGACACUGCAGAUGGACCACGAGGAGGGCAACAGAGCGGAUAGUGCCCCUUCAAAGCCAUCACAGCAGAUUAGGAAGGAAAGUGAUGUGGAAGAAGAGAGGCAGCACAAAACAUCAGGACAGGGCCUGAAAGAGAAAAGUAAAGAGAGUAUACUGAGCACUUAUAACGCACCCCAAAUCAAAAAGGAGAAGGAUAAAGGCAGAAGAGAGAAGGAUGAAAAGGAGAGGGUGAAAGAGAAGGAGAGGAAGGAAAAGGACAGGAGUAAAGAGAAGGAAAAGGAUAAAAAAGACAGGGGGAAAGACAGAGAGCGAGAGAAGGACCGGGUGAGAGAGCAGGAGAAAGUUAAGACCGAGGGAGGACGAGAGGGUUGCACAACGACGCAGAUACUGCCGCAGAUGAAGAAAAAAGAGGAAGAGGAACGGAUGAGAGAGGGCGGUAAAACCGCCCCAACCAACCCGUCAGCUCAGAGAGACGAGAAGUGGGCCAAGGAGUGGGACUCAAAAAUGCAACCCCACGUCAAGAGAGAGAAGGAGCACGACAAAGACCGGGGAGGCACGCCGGCUGCGGCUCACCCACGACCAGACAGAGAGGAGGCUCGAGACUCCUGCACGCAUAAACACAAGUCUUCCCAUGGGAAGAAGGAGAAGAGCGGCCACAGGGAGGGCAAAGACAGUAGCACGCUGGGAAAAUCGGGGAGAGAAGACGGAAAGACUCACAAACCUGCGAACGUUCAGGUUAAGAAAGAAGUAAAGAAGGACAGAGAUGUCAGCAGCAAAGAAGAGAAGAAGAAACCUGCUUCUGGUCCUGCCCAACCAGAACACAAACAACCACGGACGCUCGUCACCUUUGACCUUUUUAAACCCAUGGAGGCCCAUCAAACUUUGGCUCUUUCCUUCACGGACAGUAGACCCAAGAGCCACCAUCACAGUGACUCUCGAGGCUCCUCUUCUAAGCCUGCAUCUGACAGUCGGACAGUUGCGCCCUGUAAAGGACCAAAAGUAAAGGACUCUGUGCCGGGCAAGCCCGGGUCAGCGCUACAGGACACAGCGCCACAGCAGCACUUAUUAAAACAGCCCCUGAAAACACACACACCCCAAACACAGAAAGACUUCUUAAUAUGAAUGUCUAGAUGUCUAGUCUGCUUUUCUUUUCCUUUUUUUUUUUUUUUUUUUUUUUUUAACUGUACAACUUGCGCCAAGGCUUUGGUAAAAUAUUUCAAAGUGCAUCCUUACUUCAGAUACCACAAAAGUGAGCGAAAGCUGCUUUGACACUGCCAGACCUCCUGUGACGCAGUGAAACGAGGGUGCGCUCUGCAGGUAUUUUAACAAGGUCUAAGAAUGUAAGCUAAGUAGCUCACUUCACGUUUGUUAGCAGAUGUACGUAGGCUUUAUAUAAAAUGUUAUGUGACCCCUUGUGUCAGUGCCUGUGCACUACUUAGCUUCGCUCUUAAAGCACCUAUUUUAGGUACUGGUCUAGCCAGUCUGAAAACAACCAUCCGUACUCCCCUGCUGUAAGAACGACCUAUGUUCAAUGUUUGAGACAUCAAGGAGAUCCCUGGGAUCUCUCUCAAAUCAUCUGUUUAUCGUUGCUCAUGCCGAUUUGGAGGUUUGUUAUUUUUAAACCUCCAUAUCAGAGCAAGUAGUUGUUUUCAGACUGGACUGUUGGACUCACACAGGGCUGUAAAUGAUACUGUAUGUACCAAAACUGUACAGUAUAGAUGUUAUUAGCACCAAUGUGAGAAAAUGUAUACAGAAAUUGCAUAUAUUUUUUGUAAGACAGGUUUUAUUUUCCAUAGAACUUAUUUAUAUCAUUUACUGUCUGUUUUUAUUUGAAACCGAUGUAUGUGAAAAUUCUGUUGUAAAUACAUUUUAUUUCCUAAGAAUUGGUAGUGUGAUUUAUACUCUGAUCAGAACCUCUCAAUAAAUGGUUCAAAAUAUUGACUUGGUCAACGUUAAAAGUCUCGCCUGUGUUUUGUAUCAAUGAGGUCACAGUCAUUUGCCUUUCUGGCCACUGGGUCAAGCAUGCAAAGCAACAGUCAGGGCACAAGGCAGGUAAAGAAGAGUGUGGAGGCGGGGGUGGAGCGGAAGGAUAUUAAGAUAGCAGUUAGACCUGUUAAAAUAUGUGGUUUGGAGAUGGUUUUGUUACAUAAAGAGAAGAGGUGAAGAUGCUCAUGUUUUCACUGGGAGUGACCAGGACAGGAUUACAAAUGAGUAGAGUUUGUGUGAGAGGACAGGAUGCUAGGGAUAGGGUGAGAUGGAGGCAGAUGAUCCACUGUAGGGAUCCCUAAAGGAAGAGGCAAAAAGAAACCUCAGAUUAUGGCAGGAUGUAUUCUAAAUAUGCUGUGAGCUUGAACUCUAAGCCCCUCCCACCAGAGAAAAACCGUAAAAAUAAGUCACUGUUGACUUUUGACUCCAUGUUGAGCCAAACUUGACUGGAUCCUAGAAGAGGUGGCACUGUGGUGUUGUAGUCCAGGAUGAAUCCUAAAUUGAAGGGUUACAUCAGGAAAAAUCGAUGCCAAAUCAAACAUGAGAACUUAUGCUCCUAACUUCUUGGAGCAUAAGGAAGCAGUACCUUCUUAACUUUAAUUUUUAUUUUCUCAUCUAAUACACCCUCCUGACCUGGAAAUCAGUACACUGUGCUGCAGGAUCUCUAGGUUCCUAAAAUGCAUCUGGAGCAUAGGUUUGCUGGAGAAGUUAUAAUAAAGGAUACAAAGGUGUAUAAGAGUGUGACACAUAGCUAGUGUAGUAGGAGGAGGACUCACACACAAUCACAAGUUGUUAGCCAAUGAGCGUGUCCAGAAAAUCCACAUCUCUUUCACAUAGACAGCCCAAAAUUUACAAUUUUAUUCAAUAUAACCUGAAACAGGUUAUGUCUAAGAAUCAUUUUCACAGAGUCUUUGUAUAGCACUGGAAGUGCUCUUGAAACCACAGAUAUAGAUAUCACCCCCUGGUGGCCAUUAAAAAGAAUGCAGGUUAAACGUACUUCGACAUUGGCUUCACUUAUCAGCUGUAGAUAUCUCAGUCACUCUGAGAUGACUGGAUUUUUAAAAAAUGAUGAAAUUCUAUCAUGAAUUUUUCAUCCAGAGACACCACAAACACACUGCAUCCUGGAAUUCAGCCUUUUCCUGCUAUGAAGGCUCAAAAGACUUAAAUACUGACCUGCAGCAAAGGUUGCACUUACUCUUAAAUCUCCCUGGGUAUUUCGUUUGCAAACAUGAUGUAAAACAGCCAACAAAAGGAUGAACAGUGAAAUUUUUUUUUCCUGGCUUUCAAAAAGAUGUCUACAGCAGUUUGUACAGUGCAAAUGACGUUUAAUAUUAGCAGAUGGGGGAAGUUCUCAUCUACAUUCAAACUGUUGCUGACAGAGUGCAGCUAAUGUAGAAAAGCUAAGAUCAAUGUUUUGUGUAGCACAUGUUUGAUCAGCCAGACUUUUUACCUGGCUCUUAAGUUUAAUCCAUUCCUUAUUAAUGACUAAAAAUGAGCUAAAAGGCAGCAACACGUGUCCAAAAACAUGUCACAAAAUGACACUCUGAUGCCGCCUGAAGCAGGUGAAGGUGAAGCAGAGCCUACAUGCCCCAGUGUGUAGAUGUCACUAACCCAGUGA